AGUCUUCUCAUUGUUUCUUUAUCAAAAACCGUUUCUGUAUUGCUUUUCUGUUAUUUGUUCAUUCAUCAAACAGAUAAACAUACAACAGUAAACAACAACAAUAACAACAAAUAUAUAUACAUCUAUAUUAUACAAUGUCGAUGCAAGACAGUGAUGAUGAACCCAGUCUUUAUCAACAACAACGACAACAACGUUUAAAUCAACACCACGAAGAUGAAGAAAACUCGGACGAAGAAGGGGAAGACUUAGGGUAUGGCCUUCCAGACGAAGAAGACGAUGAUGACGAUGAAGAAGAGGAAGAAGAAGAGGAAGAUGAAGAAGAAGCUAGAAAGGUUGCUGAUGGCUUUAUUGUUGAUGAUGAAGAAGAAGAACAAGAUGCCGAUACCAAAGUUGCCGCUCGACGAAAGAAAAAGAGACGUAUUGAAGAUUACGAUGAAGAACUGGAUGAAGAAGAUCUGGAACUCCUUGAAGAAAACACAGGCAUAAAAUUGGGAAGGUCAUCUGGACCUCAAUUGAAACGAUUGAAAAGGGGUCGUGAAGAUACUGAACGCAUGUCCUCCAAAAUCACAAGCGGUGUUGAGAAUAUCUUUUCUGAUGAAGAAGAAGAGGAAGAACAAGGUUUACUUUCUACUGGUGGCAAUAAUCGUUAUGGUCAAGAUGAAGAAGAACAAUAUAAUGAACCGGUAUAUCGACACAGAGAUGCUUAUGACGAUAUGGGCGAUUUUAUUGCUGAUGAAGAUGAAGAUGAUUUGGAUCAAGUAUUGGGUGAGCGUCAUUUUGGUCAACGUGAUGAUGGUGCUGCUACUGGUUAUUAUGAUGAUCAUGGUCAUACGCAACCUGGAAAAGGCAUUAUGGAUAUGUUACCUGAAGGCAUCAGUGAAGAUGUUUUGGUGGAUAUGUAUGAUAUUUUCGGAGAUGGUGGUGAUUACGAAUAUGCUUUAUAUCCUGAAGACCAAUUGGACAUGGAAAAUGAACAGCGUGAGCCUCAGUUAGCAGAUAUCUUUGAACCAAGUGAACUUGCUGAACGAAUGUUGACAGAAGAAGAUGAUAAAAUUCGAAACAUCGAUGUACCAGAACGAUUACAAAUGCGAUAUGAAGGACUGUCGAAAAAGUUUGUGGAAUCAACACCUGAAGAAAUCCAACAAGAAGGUAUUUGGGUUGCAAAACAAUUGGCUGGACUUCGUGGAUUGGAACCAGUACCUGAAAAAUUCCAAACAGCGGUAACAUAUGUGGUUGGCUUCUUUGCACGGGAACUUUUAGAAGUACCUCAUAUCAAGGAUCAUCGAAGAGACUUCUUUACCGAGGUUAACAAGGUCACUGGUGCUACUACGGAAAUAUUGACGGAAGAUGAUCUUUGGGAAAUAUAUGAUUUAGAUUUCAAGUAUCAUAGUUUUAUGGAACGCAAGAAAACCUUACAUGACUUUUUAACUAAAUACAAUAUUGAUGAUGCCUAUGUCCGUGAUGCUGAAUCAAAGGUGGAAAAAAUGGAAGAAGUCAAUGAUGUUUUGGAUCUUGUCAACCUCAAAUUCAGUGAAGUCAUCAACAAAGUACAAGCUCAAAAUAAAGGUCCCAAACGUCCUCUUAGCAAAUCCUUAUAUGAUACAAUGAAUAAGACAAUGGUUGUCAAUGUCUUACCUUUGUUUGGUAUUACUGCAAAAGAAUUUGGUGCCAAUUAUUUGGAAAAAAAUCGACGUUAUUAUCCUGAAGAUAGUUUGGUGGAUCCUAUGGUUGAGGGUGAAGCCAAUGUGGAUGAUACUUUUACCGAUGGUACCAAGGUACUUAAAGCUGCAAGAACCGUUUUGGCCCAAGAAAUGGCAUUCGAUCCUCAAGUCCGUAAGGCAAUCCGAAGAGAUUGGGAAGAAAAAGCUGUGGUAAUAGUCAAACCGACCGACAAAGGAUUCAAUGUCAUUGAUGAUUUACACCCUCUACAUCGAUUCAAAUAUUUGCGAAACAAACCUAUUGGAACAUUCAAGAAUGGCGACUUUUUGGAGCUACUCAAAGGUGAAUCGGACGGUCUCUUAAUAUUACAAGUGACAAUUGCCAAUUAUGAAUCAUGGCUUGCUGGAAUUACUGAAUACUACUUGUCUGAUGGGUACAGCGAAUCAGUGGAACAAUGGAAUUUACAACGAAAGGAAGUAUUGGAACAAUGUCUUAGGGAUUAUUUAGUGCCAUUGAUGGACAAGUAUAUUCGUGAAAAGUUACGUGUGGAGUCUCAAGAAUCUGUUUGCAAGCAAGCCUCUAAAAACCUCCUCGCCAAAAUCAAUGUAGGACCUUAUCGUGGCCCUGAUACUGACCGUCACCGAAAUAGUCUUCCUCGUGUUAUUGCUGUUUCUCAUGGUAAUGGUGAUCUCAAGUCUCCAACAAUGGCUGUCAUGCUUAAUCAACGUGGUAAAGUGCUGGAUCAAAUUCAAGUACCUCAUUUGAAGGAUGGACGCUAUGUCUCCCAAUUAGAUCAAUUCAUCCGAUCACGUAAACCCCAUGUUGUUGGUGUGGCAGGUUACAAUGCUGAAACUAGACGUCUUAUCAAACAUUUACAAGGUAUGAUUAGCGAAAUCAAUCAAACAAGGGAAAGUGGAACUGGUCCUAUCGAUCUAGUAGUAGUGGAUGAUGAAGCAGCUCGAUUAUACAAGAACUCUAAACGUGCUCGAGAUGAAUUCCCAGAUUAUCCUGAAGUGAUGCGUUACUGUAUUGCACUGGCUCGCCGACUGCAAAAUCCUGUCUAUGAAUAUACUGGCUUGGGUCGUGAUCUAUUGGCCAUUCGCUUCCAUCCAUCUCAACAUCUGGUACCCGAUGAUGUUCUCUUAUUUUACUUGGAACGCUCACUUAUUACUGUUGUGAAUGAUUUGGGUGUUGAUAUCAAUGCUGCUAUUCAUUCACCUUAUAUUGCUGCCUCUUUACAAUACGUUUGUGGUUUUGGUCCAAGAAAAGCUCAAAGUAUUUUGAAAAGAAUUGAAGCCAUUGGUGAACUCGAUGCAAGAUCUUCUCUCGUAUUACACAAAUUGACUGCUACCAAUACAUUUAUUAAUUGUGCAAGCUAUUUGCGUAUUCGGGACAUAGAUGGUGCGGAUAUUUUGGACGAUACACGAAUUCAUCCUCAAGAUUAUGAACUAGCACGCAAAAUGGCAGGUGAUGCACUUGAAAUUGAUGAAGAUGAAAUGGAUGAUUAUGAUUCCAAAGUAGCAAUUGUGACUCGUGUGAUUAAAGAAUACCCUGAAAAACUUAACGAUUUGAUUUUGGAUGAUUAUGCGGUGGUACUACGACAACAAUAUAAUGCUCCUAAGCGGCAAAUUUUGGAACAUAUCAAGUUAGAAUUACAAGGCCCUUAUCAUGACAGACGACAACGUUAUUCACGCCCAAGUAUGGAUGAAACUUUUUCGAUGGUAACAGGAGAAACUCGAGAUACUUUACGGGAAGGUUUUAUUGUUCCUACCAAGGUGGUAUCAUUACGUGGUCGUGUGGCAAAUUGUGUAUUGGACUCUGGCUUGGAAGGCAUUAUCUAUCUUGACAAUGUAUCUGAUGAUCGUGUGAUGAAUGUAGGGGAUGUGCUUACUGUGGGUCAAACACUCAAUUGCAAGGUACUUCGGAUCGAUAGGGAAAAAUUCAUGGUGGAACUUAGCUCUAAGGCUUCAGAUACAAAACCCCAAAGUGAUUUGGAUAUACGACGAUCUCGGGAAGAUGAAUAUUAUGACAAAAUUGGCGAAAAGACAUUUGUGGACCGCAAAAAACAACAACAACAAAAGAAGGCACGAAGUAACCGAGUUAUCAACCAUCCUCUUUUCCGACCUUUCAGUCAUAGUGAAGCAGAACAAUAUCUAGAAACACGACAACCCGGUGAUUUGGUGAUUCGACCGUCUUCUCGUGGUAAUAGUCAUAUGGCGAUUACAUGGAAAGUGGCUGAAGAUGUCUAUCAACAUAUUGAUGUUACUGAAGAAAAACCAAACGCAUAUAGUGCUCCUACUCAUUUAACAAUUGGCAAAUUGAUAUUUGAAGAUUUGGAUGAACUGAUUGUUACAUAUGUGGAAGCCAUUGCUCACAAGGUGGAUGAGUUAAUGGUCCAUCCCAAAUUCCAAGCCGGUGGAUCGCAAGCUUUAAGUGAUUAUUUGGAUUCGACAACAAGAGCUAAUCCCAAAAUGUCUGCUUAUGGAUUUUGUUUGAACGAAAAGGCUGGUUAUUUUGAUCUUGGCUUCAAAUUGAAUCAAAAAUCAAACUUGUCUCGAUGGGUCAUCAAAGUUUUACCUGAUGGAUAUCGUUUACGGGACACCAAUUACCCCAACGUUGAUGAUUUGAUCAAUGGGUUCAAGCGAUUACAAGCUUCAGAGGCACGAAAACGAAAAGGAAUGCAACAGAAACAACAACAGCAACAACAACAACAACAACAAGUUCACUAUCAUCAUCAACCGCAUCAUCCAGAGCAAUUAGCGCAUCAUCAUCAUCAUCAUCCACAACAGCAAGUUUAUCCUCCUCCACAUCAUCAUCAUCAACAACAACAUCCUUACCCCCCUUACCCAUCUUAUCCACCACAAUCACAUCAUCAUCAUCAUCCUCCUCCUCCUCAACACCAACAACAACAUCCUCAAUAUGCUCAGCGUCAUCAUCAUUGA